AACAAUAAAAUAAAAAUUUUAUUUAUAUUUUUUAAAAUUUAUUUUUUGGUUAAUUUGAAAAUGAUAAAUAAUAGAAAUUAGGAAAAUAAUUUGAUUUUGUAAAUAAUUUUUAGGCUGACGAGGCAAUGACAUGACGUGUUGACUAACGGUCAACGGUGUUGACCAUCCAAAUUGACGGUCAAACCAUGUGUCGGGCCAAUUGAGUCUAUAUGUUGCAUAGUUGAGGUCAGGAUGUUAAUUUCUGAAACCACGAACCAAAGUUGAUUAUAUGGUCAUUAAUUCGGGCGAAAAUAAGGUAUUAACCCAUUUUGCUUCGCGCAUUUACCUUCUCCUCUCUAAGUUGGGUCCUUGACCCCGCUUAACUUGUACCCUCCAGGCUCCAACAGUCUAGAACAACCAUUUAGCCUAUUGUGUUCCCUUUUCCUAUUCAUUUUCAUUUUUCACCAUUCCACUGUAAUCAGCCAAGUCAUCGUACAAGGAUGAUAAUGGGGCAGGUUUCUCUAAACCAUCUCUAUUUAAAAAAAAACCCAAUUGUAUAAUUCCACAUAUUUUUGGGAUUUUUUCUCAGAAAUAGCACUGUUUAAUUUUUUUCCCCAAAAAUAGUACCCAACCCGGAAAAUUUUCAAAAAUAGCACCCUUUCCCAAUAACCGCUACCCGAACCAGCGAUUUAGGAAAAACCGCCACCCGGAGGCACGUUUUUUUUUAUGAAAACCGCACGGGUUGGGUGCGAUUUUGCAAACCUCAUGGGGGCCGAGGCGGUUUGGUUGCAAACCGCAACCCCACCAUGUGAUUUGUCAUAUAUAUUUGUUUUUUUUUUCAACAUAAGUAUCAUAAGUGGUCUUGGCACAACUGGUUUAGUUAUUUAUUGUGUGUAAGAAGUCCUGAGUUUGAAUCCCCACCAUCCCAUUCGAUUUUUUUUUUAGAGAUAAAAAAAGCAACAUGUUGUGAGAGUGGUGGUUCGAACCCAGAUAAAAAUAGUUUACUAAAUUUAGCACAACAUCUACACCACUUAACUAACUCUUCUCUUGAAACAAUAAUAUAUUGACAAAGUUUUAUUCCUUGAAAGCUAAAAAUCCCCAAUAACUUUAAACAACCAUAACUUGGCUCCAAAAUCCAAACGUCAUGAAUUUUUUUCCCAUUUCGUAUAACUUUUUAAGGACUACAAUUGUUACUAGGAAUGAAUUUUUAAAACAGGAAAUAUUUUUGGAUAUACAGGAUUUUGGGAAUAACUUACCUUCCCUUUUCAACAAUCUACGUACAUUUCGAAAUUAUGUCUAUGAUAAAAGUUCUAGUCCUUAAAAAGUUAUGUAAAAUGAAAAAAAAAAUCAUGUCGUUUGGAUUUUGGAGCACAAAGUUAUGGUUGUCCAAAAUUUGAGGAAAUCGGAAAAAAGCUCAUUCGGGGUAGCAAACGAUAUUUUUUCGGGACGAAGGCGAGACCAAACCGCCUUUGCCUGUUUGCGGCUUGCAAGAUCUCGAAAAGUUAUGCGGAAUAAAAAAAAAUCGCGACGAUCGGAUACCCGAACACAAAGAUACGUUCGUUUGAAGUUUCCACUUAGGUUAGGAUUUUUUUUAAAAAAAAGAGAGAUCAAAACCGCAUGGUGGGGGUGCGGUUUGCAACCAAACCGUCACGACCCCAUGCGGUUUGCAAAACCGCCCCCAACUUGUGCGGUUUUCAUCGAAAAACGCGUCCCUGGGUGGCAGUUUUCUCUUAAACCGCUGGUUUGAGUGGCGGUUUUUGGGAAAGGAUGCUAUUUUUGGAAUUUUUCCGGGUUGGGUACUAUUUUCAAUUUUUUUAAAGUGCUAUUUCUCCAUCGAUAAUUAAGUUUAUUGAUCUUAUUCUCCACAGGUGAUAAGUCCAUUAAUUAGGGUUUGGAUUUCUACCGGUCGAGUUUUAAUUAUGGCCGUCGAAGUGCUGGGGAUCGUUGUUAGUCUGGGAGUGGAGCAACCGAUGAUGGUGGAUUGGGAGGAGGUUGAGGCGGCGGCGGCAAUCAAGAGGGAGGAUGUGGUGAGGGCAGUGCAGAGAGUGGUGGGCGACGAGGAGGUGUGUGAAGCGAUGAGGAAGAGAGCGACGGAGCUCGUUGGGAUGGCUCGGCAAGCGGUGGAGAGCGGCGGAUCUUCUUAUGAGAAUGUUACGAAUGAUGGGGGUGCUCUAUAGGGAGUUGAGAGACAAAGGAGGAGCAAGCUCGGAGGCGGCCUUGUAGGGCUUCGACGGCGACGAAGAGCGACGGGGUCUGGGAUUUGGGUGAAAAUUAGGCGGUCAAUAAUAGGGUUUGGGAGAUUGAAUGGGGUCGGAGUUAGGGAAGAAGAGGGGGAAAUGACGUGGCAUGUCUUUUUUAUUUUUUCUGGUUAAAAUAGGAUGACUAAGCACCUCUGUUAGCCACUUCAGCAGUUAACUAACGAUACUAACGGAGUUUGACGAAUGUUAACGGAGAGUGACCAAAGUUGGACUGUUCAACUAAUUUAAGUGACUACGAAUGGAAUAAACCAAUUAGAAUGAC